AUGGGCCUGAGCCCGGCCGCCGGCGGGGAGCGCGGCUUCUACCUCCCUCGGUUUCCGCGAUCCGGCCCCAAGCCCGCCUCGAAAGCUGCCGGUACUUGGGCCUGUGGGGGACAGGACCGACCCGCAGUGAACCCAGCUCCCGGACAGCCCACCGUGCGCCAGCCAGAAGAACCCGUGGGAUCCCAAGCCUUCGUCCAGCUCCCACCCAAGCAGCCCCAGCAAGUUGUGUUAGAGCAGGGAAGAAGCAUCCAGGAGGGGGAGAAGCCCGCCGUUGACUCAGAGGUCACACCCAGCCAGAAGAGGGCAGCAUCGAAUUCAAUGACGAAGUCUGGGAGCUCAGGGAAGUUAAAGCAAGAAGCUGAGGACAAACCAAAACCCAGACCUGGAGACCUGAUUGAGAUUUUUCGAAUCGGCUAUGAGCACUGGGCCAUCUACGUGGAAGAUGAUUGCGUGGUCCAUCUGGCUCCCCCGAGCGAGGAGUUCCAGGUCGGCAGCAUCACUUCCGUCUUUAGCAACCGCGCCGUCGUAAAGUACAGUCAUCUGGAGGACGUGCUGCACGGCUGCUCCUGGAAGAUUAACAACAAGCUGGACGGGACGUACCUGCCCCUGCCCGUGGACAAGAUCAUCCAGAGGACGAAGAACAUGAUCAACAAGAUCGUGCAGUAUAGCCUGUUUGAAGGGAACUGUGAGCACUUUGUCAACGAUCUCAGAUACGGCGUGCCCAGGAGCCAGCAGGUGGAGCAUGCUCUGAGGGAAGGCGCAAAGGCGGCAGGCGCGGUCAUUUCAGCAGUGGUGGAUAGCAUAAGGCCCAAACCAGCGACUGCCUGAAGACGCUGAAAACUCCGAGCAGAGGAAGAAUUGACACCAGCAAAGAGGAAGCACCUCCUUUCCUCCCCUAAUUGUCCUCUCUCAAUGGCUCCAUGUAAGAGAAUUGUGAGCUUCCGGAAGACUCUAGAAUGUAUCCAAUUACCCCUCCAGAAAAAAAAAACAUCCAAUAUAUGUGAUCAUAGACCCAUGACUCUCUGAAUGGGAAGAACUAACAUUUGCUGUGCAUCUAUUAUGUGCUGGGCACUGGGCUAGACCUUUCAUAGUAUCAGUUUAAUACUCUGUUUCUAGCAGUGGGUCCUGCUCAUUUCUUAGGCUGACCUUAGCCUGGGAUGUUUGAAUGCCAUCUGAAACAUCUUGGAAACUUCCAUUCCGACAUUUCCAGUGAUGAAUGCUUUUCAGAAGUUCUUUUUAUUGAGCUAAAAUAGAUUUGUCUUCUUUCCAUUCAUCCUCGUCUCGCCCUUUUACAUCACACAGUGGCCUUUGGGGCAGGAGGAUGUUGAGAAAACCUCUAACUUUCUG